AUGACGCCCUUCGUGUCCCUCGAGGACUUCAAGUACAGCAAGCAGGCCCCUGGGCUCCUCAUGAGGUUCCACCCACAACUGCCGAGCCGAUUGGUGAUCAUCCCUAGGGACGGUGGCGGCCCGGUUCGCGAAUGUGAUAUACAAGCCUGCCAUAUAUUCCACUUUGCACAUUGUGAGGAGAGGAGGGAAGGAGGAGAGGUCGUUAUUGAGGUCUCGGCUCUGUGCUUACCAGAAGAGUUCACUAUGGAAUUCAAAGACAAGUUAUUCCUUUCUAAUUCCAACGACGCCCCUGGUCAAAUGUACAACUUCUCGUUGAGGUUCUCUCCUGGUGAGAAUUCAAUAGCCGUCGAGACCAACCGACUGGGCGGGAGGGCCUGUGGGGAGUUCCCGACUGUGCAUCCACUGAGUCAUGUAGCCCCAGCAUCGAAUCGGUACAUCUACUUAAUGGGUAACACUAGCAAGAGGAUUCCAUUUACUUCUAUUAUCAAGAUGGAUAGGCAGAAGCCUGAAAGUCCGAUAGGCAUUUGGAUAAGCCCUUCGGGGUGUACAGUUGGCGAACCGGUCUUCUGUCCAAGAAUCGGAACGAAAGGUAGAGUGCCGCGUAGUCCAGCGGAAGAAGAUGAUGGAUAUCUUGUUGUACAGGUUUAUGACUCGGCAAAGCACUCCACUUACUUCGUCCUACUGGAUGCGAUGCAUGUCUCUGAAGGGCCCGUCUGUGAGUUACAUACCAAUACCUUCAUCACCAAUGGGUUCCAUGGAACAUGGUCGGAUGAGCUGAUAGGCUUGGGAGAGUCUACAAGUUCCAUGUCGAUGUUGCUGAUCGAAGCCCUACACUGUCGAGUAAAACUGGGCAUCCAGAAGGGACGGUAUUUCGAUGAGGCUACUAAGAUGGAUAAGGCUGAGAGGACGAGGAAGGAGAUGGAGAUGCGUGAACAUCGGAAGCGAGGGAAGAUGCGAGACAUUGUGUCCCCGUGCGUUUUCGAAGGGACUAUACGGAAAAACGAUGCCUUGAGGUAA